AUGUCACAAUCGAAUAGAUUAAAAGCUUAAAAUCAAUAAUUUAAAUGUUGUAAGCAUUCAGAUAAAGUUGCUUUUUAUUUUGUCUAAGAAGUAGUAAAUUAAUAAUUAAAUUAUUAUUGUAAGGAAUGUUCAGAAGACAUGAAUUCUAAAAUUAGCAUUAAACAUGCUAAACAAAUUAUAGAAGACAAUUUGAAUUUAUAAAAUUAAGUAAUUUACGAGAACAUUUCUUAACAAUUGGAAAAUUUUGAAAAACUCCUUAACGAAUUAUAAAAUAUUGUCAUCAAUAAAUUGAAAGUUUUGAAUGAAUAUGGUAAAGAAUGGAUUAAUGAAAUUAAAUCUGUAAUAAAUUAAGAGGAUAUUUAUGACUUCAUAUUUGAAAUAUAGACCUUGAUUGAAAAAAAAAACAUAAGUUAGACUUUAACAUCAAAUUAUAGUGAGAAAUUAAAGAGAAUACAAAAAAAGUUUACAAAAAAAUUUAAUGAAUAUUUAGAACCAUUUAAUGAUUUUUUAUAUGAAUAUGAUUAUAACAGCGAAAAAAUAAUAGAAUAAUAAAAAAAUUUAGAAAAUAUUCCAAAUUAAUUGAAGAUAGAUUCAAAUAAGAUAACAUAAUUGGAUUUUGAAGAUAUAUAAUUUAUUAAAUUUGACGAAGAUGAAUAUACACAAGAUAGAAAAUAUGUAGAUAUAUUAUUUUACAUAAAUGAUGAGAAAAGGAGGAUGGAAAUAUCUAAAUAAAUUUAACAGUCUGAAAUUUGUCUUGCAAUCGCUUUUAACAAUGAUUAAACUAUUAUGGUAUCAACAGCAGGUAAUAAUAUAAAGAUUUGGGAUUUUAAUGCUAAUAAUAUUUAAAGUGAAAAUUUUUUAAAAAGAAGGGGAACUUUUAUGAUUCAUUUAGAUACUGUGAAUUGCUUGGUUUAUAGUAAAAAGAACCAAUAUUUUAUUUCUGGUUCUGAUGAUCUUUAUAUAAUUUGUUGGAAAUUAGAAAAUAAUGAAAAAUGGAAUUACAAAAAAUAAGAUCAAAAACAUCAAAACUCUAUAACUUGUCUAAUGUUAAACAAAAAUGAAGAUAUAUUAAUAUCUGGAAGUAAUGAUUACACAAUCAUUAUUUGGAAAGCUGAUUUGGAAAAUUCUGAACUAAAACAUUCAUAAAAUUUAGAUAAUCACUUAGGUAGUAUAAGAGCUUUAACUUUUUCAAAUGAUGAGUCAUUUUUUGCUUCAUGUGACAGUAAGAAAACAAUUAUUAUUUGGAAAAAAAUGGAUAAUGAAUAAGAAAAAUGGGGUUAUUCUUAAACAUUUACUGAAAAGUAAUAAGGAAAUAAAUUAUAAUUUUUAAAUGAUUAGACUUUAUUAUGGGUAUCAGCUAAAGAAAACUAUAUCUAAUUUUAUGAAAUGAUGGAUUAAACAUUUAAAAAAAUUGAGAAAACCUUUGAUUUGAAAACAAAUAUGGAUGAAGAUGAAAUAAACUUUCCUAUCUGUUUUUAUAAUAUAGCUAAUCUUCUUUUUAUUAGACAUAAGCAUAAUAUCUAUAUAUUAAAAUAUUAUCGAUGGAAUUAAACUUUGAAAAUUAUUUAAGAAAUAGCUUGCCAUACUUACGAUGUAUAUGGAACAGUUACAAAUAAUGCAGAAUUUUUGGUUUUUUGGGAUUCAAAUAAAAAAAGUUAUUCCUUUUAUAAAUUCGAUCCAUUUCAUUAAUGA